AUGGAUCACGUACAACCCACCUUUCUGCAACCAAUUCAAGCUAUAGAAGUUCCACCAAAAGAGAGAAUCCUAGUGCCUGACUACAAGUCAAGAAUUCCAUACCCUCAAAGGCUCAAUGGGAAAAACAAGGAGAGGCAAUACUCCAAAUUCUUGGAGAUAUUUAAGACUUUGCACAUCAACAUUCUAUUCAUAGAGGCUCUUGAACAAAUGCCCAUGUAUGCCAAAUUUAUAAAGGAUUUGCUGUACAAGAAGAAAUCCUUGAAGGGAGGCCAAACAAUGGUGAUGACCAAGGAGUGUAGUGCAAUUAUUCAAAGGAACUUGUCAACAAAGAAGAAAGAUCCAGGGAGUUUUCAAAUUCCUUGCACUAUUGACAAUACUACAUUUGAUAGAGUUUUAUGUGAUUUAGGGGCAAGUAUUAAUCUAAUGCCUUUAUCAAUGAUGAAGAGGUUAAAAAUUCAAGAAUUGAAGCCCACCAAAAAAGCUCUACAACUUGCAAACAAGUCAAUGAAGCUUGCACAUAAAGUGGUUGAAAAUGUCCUAAUCAAAGUGGAAAAAAUUUUUCUCCUAGUAGAUUUUGUCAUUCUUGACAUGGAAGAAGAUGAACAUGCCUCCAUCAUUCUAGGGAGACCUUUUCUAGCCACUGGAAGUUCUUUUAUUGAUGUUGAAAAAGGGUGA